AUGGAUGAAAAAAAGAAUGCCACAAACGAGCUGGAAGUAAUUGAAGAAUAUGAAAAAAACUUGGAUUGUAUUUAUCAUCCGACCCAAUAUUUAGAAGAACGGUUUUGGUUGGUAUCAGUAGUUGGUACAACUGUAGCAACCAUAUCGAUAAUCGAGAAUUCUUUCCUCUUUUUUGUACUAAUUACAAACACAAAUAAAACAAAACAAAUUUGGUUUUGCUCGUUACUGACUAUCAAACAAUUUUUUCAUCCGAAUGAAUUUACCAAUCUGACUUUGCAACAAACUUCUAAAUUGGUAGCCAAAUCAAGCAUUCUUUCACUAUUUAAAUUAGAAUCAAUCAACAAAGUUCAUCGCCAAUCAUACUUGUUGUACUUCGCCUUGUUGGCAUUUUUUGACGUACUCGUCGCUGCUGCCUACAUAUCCCUUAUGUCCAUCUCACAACUCGCUGAUUAUUAUAUGUCACCAAAAUUACUUCAGGCCUGGUACUUUUCAAAAAUUAAACUUCCUAUUAAGUUGUUAAUUAACGAACUGAAAUCCAUCAAACAAAACACAGCUUGCAUAGGUACAUUGGCAGAGUAUACUUUGGAACUUUCAACAUUCGCUCUAAAUCCCACGUAUAACGAAUUAUGGCGUUUUUGGUUCCGAAAUAUCAUUACAAUUUUGUUGCCUUUUUUCUUGCUUGCUUUUCUUAACACUAGAAUCGUAAUUGUUUUACACAGGAAGCAGUACAGUUCCUCGGCUUGUGAACUUAGCAGAUCCGAAAGAAAGAAUAUUUAUUUUUGGUUGUUUUGUGAUUUAAUCCAAAUGUGUGCUUUAUUGAUUUUUGAUAAUAAUUUAGUGCACAAAACUCCAAAAAUGGUAAGUUUCUGAUA